CGCGCGCAAGAGAGCCGCCGCCGGCGCCUGCCCUUCUCUCACCGCCGGCUCUGGGUUCUUAUGUGUCUUAUGUAGCUGCUUGGGAAGAGACGCCUCUUGGGAGCGCCCGCUCUUUCUUCCCGAUGGUGUGUGAAGCCGCUUCACAGCGACCUUCGCACGAACUGAGAUCGAAAAGGAACUAUUUUUAAAGCGGCGAAGAAGUCACGGUUUAGCCCUACGUUGCUCGGUCUCCUCUUUUCACCGUAAAGCCAAGCAGCAGCAGCAGCAGCAGCAGCAGCAGCCUCCACCGCCCUCCUUCAUCUCCAUCUCUUCAUUGAAGAAGAGUUUUACCCCGGACUGAAGAAAGCAAGGAACGGAAGGGCGGAGAGAGAAAGAGAGAGAGAGAGGGAAAGAGAAGAAAAGAAAAGAUCUUUCUGAGAGGCAGACUCGGAAAGAAAGAGAGACCAAGGGAGGGGUGACGCUUUAUAUUUUCGCCGUGGCGUGCUAAGUACUUGGCUCUUUAUUUAUAUAGUUAAAGAAAAAUAACAAAAAAAGGAAAAAUGGCGAAUGACUCUCCUGCAAAAAGUCUGGGAGAUAUAGACCUUUCCUCUUUGCGGGAUCCUGCUGGGAUUUUUGAGCUGGUGGAAGUGGUUGGAAAUGGCACAUAUGGGCAAGUUUAUAAGGGUCGACAUGUCAAGACAGGUCAGUUGGCAGCUAUUAAAGUCAUGGAUGUUACUGAGGAUGAAGAAGAAGAAAUAAAGCUGGAAAUCAACAUGCUGAAAAAAUAUUCCCAUCAUAGAAAUAUUGCAACGUACUAUGGUGCUUUUAUUAAAAAAAGUCCCCCAGGACAUGAUGACCAACUGUGGCUUGUUAUGGAGUUUUGUGGUGCAGGCUCUAUUACAGACCUUGUGAAGAAUACAAAAGGAAAUACUUUGAAAGAGGACUGGAUAGCAUAUAUCUCCAGAGAGAUUCUUAGGGGAUUGGCACAUCUACAUGCCCAUCAUGUGAUUCAUCGAGACAUCAAAGGACAGAAUGUAUUGUUAACAGAAAAUGCAGAAGUGAAAUUAGUGGAUUUUGGUGUUAGCGCUCAGCUGGACAGGACAGUUGGUAGAAGAAAUACUUUUAUUGGGACACCUUAUUGGAUGGCUCCAGAAGUUAUUGCCUGUGAUGAAAAUCCAGAUGCAACGUAUGAUUAUCGAAGUGACCUUUGGUCAUGCGGCAUUACGGCCAUUGAGAUGGCAGAAGGCGCUCCCCCUCUUUGUGAUAUGCAUCCAAUGAGAGCCCUGUUUCUUAUUCCCAGAAAUCCUCCUCCACGGCUAAAGUCCAAGAAAUGGUCAAAGAAGUUCUUUAGUUUUAUAGAAGGCUGUUUAGUAAAAAAUUAUAUGCAACGACCUUCUACAGAGCAGUUGUUAAAACAUCCAUUUAUACGUGAUCAACCAAAUGAAAGACAAGUUAGAAUCCAGCUUAAAGAUCAUAUAGACAGAACCAAGAAGAAGAGAGGAGAGAAAGAUGAAACAGAAUAUGAAUAUAGUGGAAGUGAAGAAGAGGAGGAGGAAGUGCCUGAACAAGAAGGAGAGCCGAGUUCUAUUGUUAAUGUGCCCGGAGAAUCUACCCUCAGACGUGACUUCCUGAGAUUGCAGCAGGAAAACAAGGAGCGUUCUGAGGCUCUUCGGAGGCAACAGCUGCUACAGGAACAGCAGCUCCGCGAGCAGGAGGAAUACAAGCGGCAGCUGCUGGCAGAGAGACAAAAGCGCAUUGAACAGCAGAAAGAGCAAAGGAGGAGACUAGAAGAGCAACAGAGAAGAGAGCGCGAAGUUAGAAGACAGCAAGAACGGGAACAGAGGAGGAGAGAACAGGAAGAAAAAAAACGAUUGGAGGAGCUGGAAAAAAGGCGGAAAGAAGAAGAAGAAAGGAGAAGAGCAGAGGAAGAGAAGAGAAGAGUGGAGAGAGAGCAGGAGUAUAUCAGGCGACAGCUAGAAGAGGAGCAGCGGCACCUGGAAAUUCUUCAGCAGCAGCUGCUCCAGGAGCAGGCCAUGUUACUGGAAUACAGAUGGCGAGAGAUGGAGGAACACCGACAAGCAGAGAGGCUUCAACGUCAGUUGCAACAGGAACAAGCAUAUCUUUUGUCACUUCAGCAUGAUCACAGGAGGCAGCAGCAGCAGCAGCUCCAGCAGCAAGAAAGGAAUAAACAAAACUAUCAUACCCCUGAACCUAAAUCCCAUUAUGAGCCUACUGAAAGGCCACGGGAGGUUGAUGACAGAUAUAGAAAGAAUAACCAGAGCUCCCCGGAAGCCCAGUCUAAACAGGGAAGCAAAGUGUUAGAUCCACCAGUGCCUUCAAGAUCAGAGUCCUUUUCAAAUGGAAAUUCCGAGCCAGUUCAGCCAUCAUUGCAAAAGCCAAUGGAAUCACAGGUACAGUGGUCUCACCUGGCAUCUCUCAAGAACAAUGUUCCCCCUGUCUCACGGUCCCAUUCCUUCAGUGACCCUUCUCCCAAAUUUGCACAUCACCACCUGCGCUCUCAGGACCCAUAUCCACCUUCACGCAGUGAAGUGCUAAAUCAAAGUUCUGAUUCUAAAUCUGAGGUACCUGACCCCACCCAAAAAUCUUGGGCUAGAUCAGACAGUGACGAGGUGCCUCCAAGGGUACCGGUGAGAACCACGUCCAGAUCACCUGUGCUAUCCCGCCGAGAUUCUCCAUUACAAAGCACUGGGCAACAAAAUAACCAGGCAGGACAAAGAAACUCCACAAGAUGCAGCAUAACUCAGUCCGCUAGUAACACACUGCAGAAACACAAAUCUUCAUCCUCCUUCACACCUUUUAUAGACCCCAGAUUACUACAGAUAUCUCCAUCUAGUGGAACAACUGUGACUUCUGUUGUAGGAUUUACUAGUGAAGCAAUGAGAUCAGAAGCAAUAAGGCAGGAUCCAACCAGAAAAGGAUCAGUUGUUAAUGUCAAUCCUACAAAUACACGGCCACAGAGUGACACCCCAGAGAUCCGCAAAUACAAGAAGAGAUUCAAUUCUGAAAUCUUAUGUGCUGCCUUAUGGGGAGUUAAUUUAUUAGUGGGGACAGAAAGUGGCCUGAUGUUAUUAGAUCGGAGUGGCCAAGGGAAAGUUUAUCCACUAAUAAACAGAAGGAGAUUUCAGCAAAUGGAUGUACUUGAAGGUUUAAAUGUCUUGGUGACAAUAUCAGGUAAGAAAAACAAAUUGAGAGUUUAUUACCUCUCAUGGUUAAGAAACAAGAUCCUUCACAAUGAUCCUGAAGUAGAAAAAAAACAAGGAUGGACAACUGUAGGUGAUUUAGAAGGCUGUGUACACUACAAAGUUGUAAAAUAUGAAAGAAUAAAAUUCUUAGUAAUUGCUUUGAAGAGUUCUGUGGAGGUCUAUGCCUGGGCACCAAAGCCAUACCACAAAUUUAUGGCAUUUAAGUCAUUUGGAGACUUGGUACAUAAGCCAUUAUUAGUGGAUCUUACUGUAGAAGAAGGCCAGAGAUUGAAGGUGAUCUAUGGUUCCAGUGCUGGUUUUCAUGCAGUUGAUGUGGACUCAGGAUCAGUGUAUGAUAUUUAUCUUCCAACUCAUAUUCAGUGUAGUAUCCAGCCCCAUGCGAUCAUUAUUCUUCCUAACACUGAUGGAAUGGAACUGCUUGUUUGCUAUGAGGAUGAAGGAGUAUAUGUCAACACAUAUGGAAGGAUCACCAAAGAUGUGGUUCUGCAGUGGGGGGAAAUGCCUACAUCUGUGGCCUACAUUCGAUCUAAUCAGAUUAUGGGCUGGGGAGAAAAAGCUAUUGAAAUACGGUCAGUGGAAACAGGACAUUUGGAUGGCGUAUUUAUGCACAAAAGAGCACAAAGACUCAAAUUUCUAUGUGAACGUAACGACAAGGUUUUCUUCGCCUCUGUACGGUCUGGAGGAAGCAGUCAAGUUUAUUUCAUGACUUUAGGCAGGACUUCUCUUCUCAGCUGGUAGAAACUCUCUAGUUUGGCAAGGGAUUGCUGUCCUUUGGAGUCUUCAUAACUUGGAAUCAUUUGCAACUGGAGUACAGACCUGCCAUGUUGCACUCUAAACAUGCUAUUGCGUGUGCCAGCAUCACUGGUGUUGGGUUCUUUUCAUUUU